ACAAAAAUAUUUGUUUUCGUGCAUAUUUUGUCCAUUGUAUAAUCAGUCUGUAAUCAAGUGAUCCUAAUCAUUGUCUUCAAAGUACUCCUUGCCAACCGUGUGAAAAGGUUAAAAACUAGUUUCGUACACAAGCCAAAGACAUAUCUGAAUAUAUUCUCAGUUGAUUCACGACUAAAAUAAUUUAACAUCGUCGUCACCAUUUCAAAAUGGAAACUAAAAACACACUUCUGGACAAUGCCGAAUAUUUUCUUGAAGAUCAUAAUGUAACGACAGAGGAUGGAUACAUUUUAACCCUGCAAAGAUUCCUUAAACGAGAUGCGCCUGAAAAAGGAACGGAUAGACAAGAUCUUAUCCUACCAAAAAAGAAACCGGCCGUGUUAUUGGUUCCUGGGCUUUUCUGUAUAGGUAAAAAUUGGAUCAUUGCCGAAAUUAAUUUGCCAAAGCUGCUUAUCGAGCAAGGCUUUGAUUGUUGGCUUCCUAGCCCGCGAGGAACACUCCCAUCAAGAAAACAUACUUCAUUGGCAUCAAGUUCUAAGAAAUAUUGGGAUUUUUCAUUCCAUGAAGUGGCGAUAUACGAUCUGUCAGCCAUAAUAAACUACAUUAUUGACACCACGGGGAAUAUCACGCUUUCAUAUAUUGGUCAUUCUAUGGGAUGUACUAUUUUCCUUACACUGUUAUCCUGUCGCCCAGAGUACUGCUCCAAGAUAAGCGUGUGCAUAUUUUUAGCCCCAGCCUGUUACGGUAGGCACGUUCGUUCCAUUGUCACCAAAGCAUCUAUCCCAAUUCUAAACUGUUUGGCAUCUAGUAAAUUCCUACGGAAACGACCAAUACUAAACUGGACUGCAUCGAACUAUGUGCGAUACACGGUGCCCAUGUCCAAACGGGAUAUUGUGGCAGGAUGGCUGCUUCGCAUUUCUGCGAGAGUAGCUAGUGUAACCAGCAGUAAAGGAAUUGACAAGGAAAUAUAUCGGAGAAUGGCAUACGAGAUUCCUAAUACUACGUCUUUGAAACUCGUUUGCCACGGUUUCCAGUGCAUUGUCGCAGAUAAGUUUCAAAAUUAUGAUUACGGCAGAUCUCAGAAUCAAAAGAUUUAUGGUCAACUUAACCCACCACUUUAUGAGCUUGGAAAUAUUUCUACCCCAAUUGCGAUUUUUUCGUCAAAAGGGGACCACUUGUGCAGUACUCAAGACAUUGCCAGACUGUCGGAAGAACUUCCAAAUUUAAUUUCCCACAACUGCAUUGAGGAUAAAAAAUUUUCACAUGGUGAUUUCAUUUUUGGAAAGAAUGCCCAAGCAUCUGUCUUUGAAAAUAUUAUCCAAAUUCUUACAGAAUAUAUAUAGGAAAUAAAUGAUAUGUCAAAGAUGUGCA